AUGGCCAAGGAGUUCCUCUGCAUUCUGCCCGAUAAGCCUGGAGUGCACGCGAAGAGGAUGGAGGUUAGGUCACAACACCUGGAGAACAUUAAGCCCCUCGUUGAUGCGGGGAAGGUCGCUGUUGGUGGCGCAAUGCUCAAUGCCCACCCAUCUGAAGGCGAAACGCCCUCGUUCAAGGGAAGCAUGCUCAUCUACACCGUUGAGAAGGAGGAAGAAGCAUGGGAGCUCAUCCGGAAUGAUAUCUAUGUGAAGUCCGGCGUUUGGGAUGUGGAUGCUGCGCAAGUUAUCCCGUUCAAGUCUGCGGUUAGGCUUGCGGCGUAG